AUGGGUAAUGCGGACCUUUUGCACAAAGCGACAGAGCGAUCUUUCUCUUCGAAUACAAUGGAGCUGAGGACAAUUUUAUCGGGAGUUCAGACAUACAACGGGACAUUCAAGGGUCAAGUUCAGUGGUGUGAAAGUUUGGUUGAAGGGCAUUGGAGAUUGCAACACUUGGAGAUUACCGAACAUGGAUCACUGAGAUAUCGUUUAGAUUCAGCGACACUUACAUCAUCCUGCAUUGAAGAUGAUACUUUUAUAUUUGAGAAUGUUAGGACGAAAGCUAUUAUUGAACAUUUGCAGAGCUGUGUACUUCAAUUGAUCGAAGGUAAUGAAGACUCACUACCAACAAUCAAGGUGGAGUUAAAAGCGCAACAGGCGCAGUACCUUCGUGUUGAAGAUCCAAGCACUUUUGAAUCGCUAUUUUUUUCGUUGUUAUGGUGGAGUGCACUAAAGCCUGAAGGUGUUUUCAGCAAAACUUUACUGAAAGCUCCAUCUGCACCUGAGGAAAGGAAUCCUACUAAACUUUUGGUUUCCCAGCUUUUUGUAUAUGGACCUUUACCACAGUCAAAAAACAUUGGGGUUUUGCAAUUGAGUAGGCCCAGUUUCUUUUCCGAGACUGAUGCAGAAGAAGGAUGGUUUCCAGCCAUGGGAGUUUUGAAGUCUAACGGUAUUCUUGACCUGCACCUGCAAAGUGAUGGUUCUUUAAUAUAUUCAUUUGAUAUUACCAUUUUAACAAGGUCUGAGAUCAGAUUGGUUGAUUCCUCAUUGAAUUGUGACAAUUUUUUAUUUAUGGGGGUCCUUCCCAAAUUGAGGGAACAACUCAAUCUCUCGAGUGCCUGUAGGUUUAUUCUUAACGGGCGUACACAGAGGAGGAGUAGCGGAGUUGUAUUCAAAUUUCCUCUGACGAUAGAUGUAGAGGAUUGGAUAGUUGCACUAAAAUCUUUUGCUCUCGCAGAGAGCAUUUCACUUAUAGGCAGUCAUGACUCUAACAGACUUCGUGUUUCAAAUCGUUUCAAAGUAUCGAUUAUUGAAGGUUCUUUUACGAGAUCCGAUCUAAUGCCCCACAGCCCAACCUUGUAUGUCGAAUGUCUUUUGUGGGACCGUAUUUGGGCAAGGACUCCGAUAGUUUCCGGCAGUUUCACCCCUUUUUGGAGAGAAGAGUUUAUGUUCCAUGAAUCUACUAGAAUUGAUAAGUUGAGAAUUGAAAUUAAGGAAAAGGGAAGUCAAAAGAAUAGAACUGAUAAAACAAUUGGGGUCAUUGAAUUAUCCCAAGAAUCAAUAUGUGACGGUAGCUUAAGCAAGGAAACCAGGUUACCUGUUUUGAGUCCGCAAGAUAAAAAGAUAAAAAUAGGAACGCUGUGCAUCAAGAUAACAUCAAGUCUAAAUUUUGUGCUUCCAUCUGUAAAUUUCACCACGUUUGAGAGAAUUUUAUCUGAGGACUGUCAUAGAAGUCUUGCAAACUACGUGAAUGAUUCUUCAUUUGCAUAUGAUUUCAAAUUUGAAGAUUUUGCGAUGGUGCUGCUAGACAUAUUUCAGGCAAUUGGUAAGGAAAACGCGUGGCUUUCAGCUCUGAUUGAUAGAGAAUUGGUUGAUGUUGAUGGCUCCAUUACAAGAAAUACAAUAAAUAACAAAACGUCUUCGCAUAUUUACAGCACGCUAUUUAGAGGGAACUCGGCACUAACAAAAUCAAUGGAAAAGUAUUUUUACCGCAUUGGCAAGGAAUAUUUGGAUAAUUCUAUAGGAAGCAUAUUGAGGCAGAUUGUUUAUGACAGGAUAUCGUGUGAAGUUGAUCCAAGCAGAAUAGACGAACCAGAUCCAGAACGGAAAAGAAAAAUAUUGGAGAAGAAUCGGGAAACCCUCCUAAAUUUGGUUGAGAGCAUUUGGGUUACAAUAUACAAAACAAGUAAUGAUCUUCCAAUGUCGAUAAAAACACAAAUGAAGACUUUCCGUACAAAAGUUGAGUUAAUUUGCAUGGGUGAAAAUUCGAACACUAUCGUCCAUUGCGUUUCCAGUUUAUUAUUUUUACGAUUCUUUUGUCCAGUCAUUUUGAAUCCCAAACUUUUUGAUUUCGUUAGAAGUCAUUUGGAUGAUACCCCCAGAAGAACACUUACGCUAGUGAGCAAAGUACUUCUCAACCUAUCAAUUGUCACAUACUUUGGUAAAAAGGAGCCCUAUAUGGUAGAGUUGAAUGAUUUCAUUGGAGCCCAUAAAGAAGAGGUUCUAGAUUAUGUUGAUAAAGUGACUCAGAAAAAAUUGGAUUUUUCACCAAAAACUUUGAAAUUAAGUAGCAGUUUGUCCAGACCUAAAUUGACAAUGAAUGAGGAUUGUCUGAUUGAUUUGCCCAGCAAUCCUUACCUCAUUGAUAGGUAUUUACGUGAAACAGAGCUGUUUACUGCAUUGGCAACAGUUGCAACUGAAAGGGAUGGUGAUCCUAAAAUAUUGCAAAGUGUUAGUAUAGAGCAAAUAACAAAAAAUGUUGCUCAUCUGGAAGUAUCAUCGGAACAUAAAGUACUAGAUAUAGGAGAAUUAGAAUUUGAAAAGAUAACCAACAAUAACACUGAAGUAUUCGGCUCUGAUUUAAUGAAAUACCUGGAGAAGGAAAAUAGUUCAAGUCCUGUACCGAACGAAUAUCUUCAGCAAAGUUUUAAAGAUGAUUCCGCUAGGAUGAAAGUGCUUGAACAAGAAUCGAUAUUGCUCAUAAAUCGAAGUGAGCAUCUGAAACAAGUGUUCUCUGAUUAUGAAAUACCCGCACAAGAAAUAAAGGAAAGGGUAAAUCAUACUCAAUACCUAAUUAAAAACUCAUAUUACAAUAAAGAUUUGAAGGUUUUUGUCGAUGGAAACGCUAAAUUUGAUAAAAACGAAGCACAUAAGAGGCUAUUUGACCUCACCACUGGGAGAUGCCCUUUAUUAGAAAGUCUCAUUCCGGAUCCAAGGAUUGAGUAUGCGGAAGGAUCUAGCGCAUCGUCUUCUUGGAAUUCUCCAUCAGUCAAGACAAGAGGCUUCUCGAGACUUAAAUCUACAAAGAUACAAAGAAAGCUAACAAAAAGUUCUGAAGACACAAAAAGGCAAGAAAGCACCAGUGUGAUAAAAAGAUGGUUCAAAAGAGGAACGUAA